AAUAGCAUCUACCGUACAGAUCAGGUCCUGGUCGGGCAGUCACUGCUGUUAUGUGGAGAUUUAUUUCUCUUUCUCUCUGAUUCGUCUUUUGCUGUAGUUGUUUCUUCUUUAUGACCCAUUUUUAUUCUCCACCUGAUCAAGUAAAAUACAGAAGGAUGAACAAGGACAGGAAUGAGAUGACUAAGAGAAUAUUACACUUCACCUUGGAGAUCCUCCACCUGCUGACCGGAGAGGAUUACACCAUAGUGAAGAAGACAUGGGGGGAGUGUGUGGCCCCCAGCAGCCAUCUCCAUGAGUCAGGAGGACGGAACAGGGCCCAGGGCCCCAUGACGGAGCUUCCACCUCACUCACUGAUACAUGAGGAGAAGAUCCUAGAACUCACCCACAGGAUCACUGAGCUGCUGACUGGAGAGGUUCCUAUAAGGUGUCAGGAUGUGGCGGUCUAUUUCUCCAUGGAGGAGUGGGAGUAUGUAGAAGGACACAAGGAUCUGUACCAGGACAUAGUCAUGAUGGAGGAUCACCGGCCCCUCACAUCACAAGAAAAUCCCAGUAACGUCUCUGAUGGGAAAUGUACGGAAUCGGUAAAUUAUAAAGAAGAAGAUAAAGAUAUGGUGCAGCAAUCCUCAGGAGGAAACCUCCUUACCCUUAAUAUAUAUCCGGCUCCUCCCAGCACUUAUCUAUUAUAUAUUAAUACUCCCCCUAUUCAAGUGUUUCCUGCUCCUUACCAACCACAGGUUGUUAUCCCAACUACAGAUCUGAUAAGGAUCCAUCAGGGUUCUACAGAUCCGAAAAGGAUCCAGCAGGGUUCUACAGAUCUGAAAAGGAUCCAACAGGGUUCUACAGAUCCGAAAAGGAUUCAUCAGGGUUCUACAGAUCCGAAAAGGAUCCAACAGGGUUCUACAGAUCCGAAAAGGAUCCAACAGGGUUCUACAGAGCCGAUAAGGAUUCAACAGGGUUCUACAGAUCCAAAAAGGAUCCAACAGGGUUCUACAGAUCCGAAAAAGAUUCAAUGUGAUGUAUGCGGAAAAGACUUUGCACAAAACUCAAAUCUUAUUACACACAGAAGAAUUCACACGGGAGAGAAACCAUAUACAUGUUCAGAAUGUGGGAAAUGUUUUGGAGAUGGCUCACAUUUUGUUAGACACAAGAGAAUUCACACAGGAGAGAUGCCAUAUUCAUGUUCAGAAUGUGGCAAAUGUUUUAUAAAUAAAUCAGUUCUUGUUAGACAUGAGGUAAGUCACACAGGAGAGAUGCCAUAUUCAUGUUCAGAAUGUGGAAAAGGUUUUAUAAAUAAAUCAGUUCUUGUUAGACAUGAGGUAAUUCACACAGGAGAGAAGCCAUAUUCAUGUUCAGAAUGUGGGAAAGGUUUUAAAAGAAAAUCAGGUCUUACAUCACAUGAGAGAAUUCACACAGGAGUGAGGCCAUAUUCAUGUUCAGAAUGUGGCAAAUGUUUUAUAACUAAAACAGAGCUUGUUAGACAUAGGAGAACUCACACUGGAGAGAAGCCAUAUUCAUGUUCAGAAUGUGGCAAAUGUUUUAUAAAUAAAUCAGUUCUUGUUAGACAUGAGGUAAGUCACACAGGAGAUAAGCCAUAUUCAUGUUCAGAAUGUGGAAAAGGUUUUAUAAAUAAAUCAGAUCUUAUAAAACAUGAGAGAAUUCACACAGGAGAGAAGCCAUAUUCAUGUUCAGAAUGUGGGAAAGGUUUUAAAAGAAAAUCAGAUCUUACGACACAUGAGAGAAUUCACACAGGAGUGAGGCCAUAUUCAUGUUCAGAAUGUGGCAAAUGUUUUAGAAGUAAAACAGAGCAUGUUAGACAUAGGAGAACUCACACUGGAGAGAAGCCAUAUUCAUGUUCAGAAUGUGGCAAAUGUUUUAUACAUCAAUCAGUUCUUGUUAGACAUGAGGUAAGUCACGCAAAAGAGAAGCCAUAUUCAUGUUCAGAGUGUGGAAAAGGUUUUAUAUAUAAAUCAGAUCUUAUAAGACAUGAGAGAAUUCACACCGGAGAGAAGCCAUAUUCAUGUUCAGAAUGUGGGAAAGGUUUUAUAAGGAAAUCACAGCUUAUUAGACAUAGGAGAAGUCACACUGGAGAGUAGCCAUAUUCAUGUUCAGAAUGUGGGAAAGGUUUUAUAAAUAAAUCAGACCUUAUAAAACAUGAGAAAAAUCACACAGAAGAGAAAGCAUUUUAAUGUUCUAUAAUUUAAAAAAAAAACUUUAAAAGGAAAAGAAAUUUUGAAACUCAUUCACAGAGAGAAAAAACUUUAUUUGAAAUGUGGAAAGUAAUAAAAAAGGAAAAAUAUACAGAAGAGACGUCAUGUUUAGAAUGUGGGAAAUGUUUUUCACAUCACCACCUCUUCUUGAACGUGAGAGAAGUCACACAGAAGUCAUUGAGGUUGAACCUUUUUGAUCUAUAUAUAAAAAUAUUCUAUAGGAACCCUUUAUAUCUGUCACUGAAACGAAAGAGGGGACACAGUGAAAUUAAAUGUCAUAUAUAUUUUUUUAACAUGUCGAUUUAUAACUGAAUAUAAAACAUACAAAGUAUCAAAUAAAUUAUAUUCUAAAAGUAAAAAUAGAGGAAAUCUUUCAAGUAAAUGAAGACUUCACCUUUAUACUACUAAUAAAAAUACAAAUACUUGA